CUUAUCUAAGGUAACAGCCGGGGAAAGGCGAUAGGCGUUCGCUCACCCCCUCCCCGCGGACCCUGACUGGAUCUCCUCCCUUAGUGUUGGUGUUGUAACAUGGGCAGUGAGCGAGAUGUCCGUCCUGGAACCUUCUCUGAAAACACUGCAAGUAUACAAGUCCACCAGAAUCUGAAAAACAGACUAAUGCUUCAAGUUGUGUGAAGUUUUGAUGCUCAUGAUGGCACUCAAGUUAAUGUGGUUGAUACUUGGAGGAAUAAGGGUGCUAUGGUGCCUAGCGCCACAAACAGGCUACAUACAUCCUGAUGAAUUUUUUCAGUCUCCAGAGGUUAUGGCAGGUGACAUUUUGAAUCUCAAAACUUUCCGUACUUGGGAAUUCAAUACUAGCUACCCUAGCAGAUCAGUUCUGUUCCCAUUGGUUACAACUGGAUUUUCAUUCACAAUACUUAAAGUUUUACAAAAUUCUGGCAUUUUUGGCAAUAUUCUAAACAGCUACAGUUUGUUGGUUUUCCCCAGACUAUGCCUGACAUGCCUGAGCUUUAUACUGGAUUAUUCAGUGUACCAUUUAGCUUGUCUCUGGGGAGCAGAUCCAUGGAAUGCAUUAACACUGUUGAGUGGGUCACAUGUGAUGUUGGUUUUUUACACCAGGACAUUUUCAAAUGGUAUAGAAGCAGAUCUUUUUGCAUUACUGCUGCUGUUAGUGGCAAUGGACAUAAGGCAAGCAAGUGUGGUGCCGCAUCCUGGGAAAAAGGAAAGAAAGAACAAUAAACAUCUUAUUGGGAUUGUUUUAGUUUCCGGAUUUUUUAACAGACCAACAUUUAUUAGUUACGCUUUAGUACCGAUGCUCCUGUGGCUUUCUCAUGAUCAGAAAGGCACAUUUCAAUUCAGUUUAAGACGAAUCGUGAAGAGUUUCUUUGGUCUUUUGUCUUCUGUAAUUGCAACCACCUGUCUUUUCGUACUGACAGAUGCAUUGUAUUUUGGUUCAUUGUUGUCUGAAAGGCUUUUGAAAGAUGGGAGUACCAUGUAUACACUAUUUGUUAACAUAAGCCAAUGUCUAGUUUUAACCCCUGUCAAUCUCAUUUUGUAUAACUUGGACCAAAAAAGCCUUAUUGCACAUGGUAGUCAUCCUUGGUUUACACAUCUGACUGUGAAUGGUUUUCUGUUGUUUGGUGGUCUUCACCUCUCUGCUGUUGUAACUGGUGUCAAAACGAUGGUCAGUAAAUUUGCCUGCAAAGCCAGCUGUCAUAUGUUCCAUGAAGACAGUUUGGAAAAGAAAUUGCCAGCACAACUUCCUGCUACUACUCAAAUUACUGAGUAUUUAUUGUUGGUUUAUUUUAUCCCUAUUAUCAUUCUAUCAGUGUUUAGUCAUCAGGAACCACGGUAUAUUAGCCCACUCAUUGUGCCACUAGUUAUUCUCAGUGCUCCAAAAUGUGAGAUGCUGAGGUGGAAAGUUGUAAUUGUCCUGUUUAAUGUCUUGGGGUCAGUGCUUUUUGGCUGUCUGCACCAGGGUGGAUUAAUUCCUUGUCUGUCCUAUUUAGAAACAACUCUUCACUCAAAGAAUCCUCUGGCUAACCAGUCUGAACAUAGUUUGGUAUUUUACCACACCUACAUGCCUCCUAGGUAUCUCCUGAAUGUAAAAUCAGACCAAGAUUUUACUCGAAUAAUUGAUCUGGGAGGGUCUGGCGUGUCUGUGCUCAAUAAUACAGUGAAUGGGCUACUUGACAAUUUCUCUUCUGAACGCAUUGGGACUAAUCAGGAAAUGAAUAUCUACAUUAUUGCCCCUGGCACUGUUCAAGGUGAUAUUAAUAACUGUGGUUUUCAGUGGAAAACUGUUGCAUCAUUCUUCCCUCAUUUAACUAUGGAAGAUCCUCCUGACAUUCCUUCUCUUCUUUCUGAAGAUGGAUUGAACCAACUGAGUCUUUAUAUUUUCAAAGUGCACAUAAGGCCAAAGAAAUCAGAAACUUAAUAGGAUUCAGUUUGAUUUUGGUGUCUUCCUGUUGUCUAUUUCUGUAGUAUGUCUGUGUGUAUGUUGGCCCAGGGUUUAACUGUUGAAGCAUCAAGGUCCUUUUCACUUCUAACAUUUUUUGCUGCAGCUGAAGCCUGAACACAAUGGAAUGAGGCAUAUUAAAUGUUUAUGGUUUUAGCAAAUAAUCAUGGGGUUUUAAUCAAAGAAAUGCACAGAAAUAAUGUACUUAAAUAUUUUGGUUUAAUAUCUCUAUCUACAGAACCAUUAUCAUGUCACUAAAUUCUUCAGAAAACAGGAGUAAAAUUACAAGUAUUAGAUGGUGACCCUGGAUAGUAUAUUGUAAUGGACUUAUGUCUAUAGUUUCCCUUCUGUGAGCUGCUAAUUUUGAUGGUGUUAGGCAGAUUCCCAUUGCUGACACCAAUCAUGUAUUAAUUUGUGACAUUGGUGAAAUAGAUUAAAGAAACUUUAUAUUUUGCUGUGUAAUGAUGUGGGGCAGAUGGUGGAGGAAUCCUAAAGAAAGAAAGGAAACUUGACAUUUAUGAGAACAAAUGUAUUGUAUUUGGAGAAAUAAAAUGUUACAUUACAAAG